UCAUUAUCUGCUUUAUUACUUUAUACUUUCUUGCUUUUACUUUUCUUACUCUUGCUUCUUAUCAGAAAUCACAUUAUCAACAUGCACUUCCCUGCUCUUUUCACAACCGCUACUACCCUCUUAGCCUUUGCGCCAAGUGAUGUCGUCGCGACUGUUUCCAACAAAUGCACAAUUUCGCUUGUGCCAGAAGGCGGAGGAGGGGUUCCCACGAUAGUCGAAGGGGACAUAGUA